AUGGAUGAUGUGGGUGAGACACCAUUGAUUUGUGAAAAUUGUUCGCUUUCGGUGAAUGGUAGAAUUUUUCAUAUUGAACUUAUUUUCUUACCACUUAAGAAGGUAGAUGUGGUCUUGGGGAUGGAUUGGAUUUCUGCCAAUUCGGUGUUUAUUGGAUGUGAAGAGAAGUUAAUCAUCAUUCCAUCUAGUGAAACUACUCCAAUUGAUGUAUUAACUACUAUCUUGGAAGGUACGGUUGACAUGGUUAAUUUCUUGUUUGAGAAAGAAAAGUUAGUUCUCUUGGUUUUCACCAAGGGAUCUCGAGACAAUCUUAAAGUUACACUAAGUCCCAUCAUUUGUGAAUUUCCAAAAGUUUUCCCUAAGGAUGUCACUUCUCAUCCUCCUGAAAGGGAAGUGGAAUUCUCUAUUAAUAUGAUACCUGUGACUGCUCCAAUCUUUGUUUCUCCGUAUCGUAUGUCACCACUCAAGUUGAGAGAGUUGAAGAAUCAAUUGGAAGAGUUGUUAACCUAG